ACGGUGGGAGGAGGGAGGUGAAGGCAGCCCAUUCUGGCAAAGAGGUUGAGGUGCUCGAAAACUACUUGAGUGAAAGAGAGCUUAUCCAGUGGGUCGCGAGACUAUCGACAAGCCUUGAAGGUCUUCGAGAAUAGAUUUGGCUCCAGCUGCAGGGUGGAGGUGGAAGGGGCAGCCCCUUAUUAUGCUUAGCAAGCAUCUGCCACUUCCCGGUCACUGCUCUUGAGGCUGAGGGUGCCUCGGUGAAUAAGGCUGAUUCCCUUCCUGAGCAGAAGCAAUAGCAUUGCGGCCAGGGAAACUCAGGGGUCCUGUUGGUAUUUUCCACCCUUGUGUGCAUCUCUGUCAUAGCUCUUGCAACAGCAGAGUUUUCCUUCGUGUCUUGUGUCCCGGUGCAAGAUUUGCCCGUAUUUAAGGCUCAGUAAGUGCGGGCUCUGCUGCUGCAUUGUUGCAUCGUUGAGCUCAGUGUGUGGACUGUGGCACAUUCUCAGUAAUGUUUGUGAAGUUAUUAAUAUAUUUGAGCGUGAUGACGUGAGGAUAGUGGAAUAGAUCUAAAGAUUAUGUUAUACUUCGAUGCUGGCAUUGGGUGUCUGGUGAUGUCUUGUACAGACAAGGGAUGUGAAGAGUGAGUUUGGAGUGGGCGGGGCUUAGGUUUCACAUGUCACUUUUGCCUGUGUGCAGUAGUUUGCUAGUCAAAACCUGGUAGGCAAUUGCAUACUUGAAGGCUGCGCGGUCUCUGUGGAGAUGCAGAUUUGGCAUCAUCAGCAUUUAGGAGAUCCUUGAAACUAGUAGAGGUUGAAAGUACCCUAGAGAAGAGGGCCUGGGAAUGCCAGGUUUGGGAAAGGAAAAAACAGCUACUGAUUUCAGUAGGAUGGAAAAUGAGGUGGAGGUGAGAAGCAUGAGGUAGAGGAUUGGGAAGAGACAUCUUUGGUUGUGUGGUCUAUCAUUCAGCGGUGAGAAUUCAGGCCCACACAAUGUCUCAAAUUGAUUAUGUGGUAUAAGCACUGAUUUUUGCCCCUGCUUUACAAGUGAGCAAAUGUUUGUACAUAAAACUUGUAAAACUUCAACAUGGUUUUAGAAUAGUCUCUCCAGAUGGGAGUGGGAGUUGUGGUCCUGAGCAUAGCUGUAGUAAAGAGGUGACGCAGGGUAAACAACUCUAAGAAGAUCUUGUUGGGGACAAGAUUACAACGCUGUGGUUCAGCAAGUGCUAGCCAGGUUGGUAGUGAAUAGAAUAGGAUAUCAGUGUUUCCUGGGGCUCCUCUCUCAUCAGUGACAAGAUCCCCCCUCCCCUGAGCUGAUGCCGUUUCUAUAGCCAGAAGCCAAUGGCUAGGGACAAAGCCAAAUCCUGUGAGCUGGACCAGGAGAAAUACGAUGCUGAUGACAAUGUGAAAAUCAUCUGCCUGGGAGACAGCGCUGUGGGCAAGUCCAAACUCAUGGAGAGGUUCCUCAUGGAUGGAUUUCAGCCCCAGCAGCUGUCCACAUACGCCCUGACCCUGUACAAGCACACGGCCGUGGUGGAUGGCAAGACCGUCCUUGUGGACUUUUGGGACACAGCAGGCCAAGAGCGGUUCCAGAGCAUGCACGCCUCCUACUACCACAAGGCCCACGCCUGCAUCAUGGUAUUUGACGUGCAGAGGAAAAUCACGUACAAGAACCUCAGCACCUGGUAUACAGAGCUUCGGGAGUUCAGGCCAGAGAUUCCGUGCAUUGUGGUGGCCAAUAAAAUCGAUGACAGGCCAAUGUCCUACCUUCUCUCUACAGCAGACAUGAAGAUGACCCAAAAAAGUUUCAAUUUUGCCAGGAAGUUCUCCUUGCCUCUGUACUUUGUCUCAGCUGCUGAUGGUACCAACGUUGUGAAGCUCUUCAAUGAUGCAAUUCGAUUAGCUGUAUCUUACAAACAGAACUCCCGGGACUUCAUGGACGAGGUUUUGCAGGAGCUUGAGAACAUCGACUUGAAGCAGGAGGAGGAGGAGGAGAUACCGGACAAGGAGCAGCCCGGCCGCACCCAGAGCCCGUCUCCCUCCUGACCACAGGAGGCCUCUCCACGGCCCACCUCCCUUGGCAGCCCUUCAACUCUCAGUGGAGGCACUCUCCCAGGCCGUCCCCUGCUACACCUGCAAACCCAGCUGUCCCAUUUGCACCCUCCAACCAUGGCCCGGGAAACCUGAUCCUUCAAUACAUGCCACUAACAGGUGUAAGGCCCAUACCAGACCCUGAAGCCAAAUUAGGGAUGGACCCUCCAGGUCAUAUGGGACAGUAAAGAGAAUCGGAAUAUUCUCUGUGUGUCUCAUCAAGGAUAUUUAGGUGUCUCCCCUUGCCCCCUCCUCAAGAGCUGAUGUCAGGGCCUAUUCAUUGCAUUUCCACCAAGAGGAUGAUUUCUAAUUCCUGACUUUUCUCCUCUUUAGGCUCCCAGCUAAACAAGUCAUUUUAAGAAUGAUUUUGAGCAGAGAGCUGUUUGUUCCAUAAGUUUUUCUAGAGCUCUUCUGGAUAUGGCCAGUACUUUGAUGAACAGUGAGGCUAAGAUCACAGGCCCAAGUUUGCUGUUAACAUCAAGUGAAAGCAGGUGACCGGUCUGGCCACACAGUAACACAAACAUCAUUGUUGUGAGCAUCAAGGGUCAAUACAGCCACAUCACAAGGCAUGCAUGAUAAGAAAUUGACUUGGAAGCUUUUAAAAUCCACAUUUCAACAUAGGCUUUUAAUUUUUCUGAGGACUAGUGUGGGCACUGAACCUCCUUGGGUGGCAAGGGCUGCUGAGAACUGUUGUGCUGCCUUUUCCAUUUAUCGCCAGGACUUGUCGCUCACUAGAAUGCUUUUAUGAUCAUCUUGUACAUUGUUUUCAUUAAAAUUUUUUUUUACAAUAAAGAUUGAAUUACAGAAA